AAUCAAAGGUAAACACAAGUCAUGUCGUCUGCACUGUCACCCAUGUGUUUGCUGUUUUCGUGUUAACACGAUGAGAAGAAGGUUUAGGUCUGUAUAGAUCGGGAAUAAAGAACAUAAAGAAGAUCACGCUUGUUGUCCUAAAGCCAUUAUCUACAUUAAGCAGGUAUAGGUUUCUGGAAGUGUUGGUAUCCAAGAAAUGGCAAAUCAUUUGAUAAGGUCAGCUGCAAGGCACAAAAUGUGUUUUCAUCAAAUAAACUUGAGAUGUCGCCAAGAAAGAGCCAGCAGUCUCAAUUAUCCACUUUCCUCGAAACUGCAAGGUAUCUCAGUAUCAUGUGUCAGGAACAGACCAAUGUGUACAUCGUCACUGCCCUCAAGCUGGUACCACAAGUAUCAAAUACACCAGAAGAGUGUGCUUGAUGGUGCCACUGACAUUGAAUGUACAGUGAAUGUUAUUGACACCCACCGUGGAGCGACGGACAAGCCGAUUGUGUUAGGAAUCCACGGACUGCAGGGACAAGGAGAGGACUUCGAGCCGCUCAUUUCUCAGCUACACAAGAGAGGAAUCCGUGUUGUUGCACCAACAUUUCCAGGAUUUCAAGGAAGUAUGCUUGAAACAUGGAAGCUGAAUCACUUUGACUUCACAACUCAAGGCAGAGCUCUCACCCUCAAAACAAUAUUAGAGACUGUGGGUAUUCACAGAGUGGAUAUGCUGUUGACCCACAGUGCUGGAUCCUGGCUGUGCUACAAGCUACUGGCUGAAUGGGACACUUUCAGAUCUGCUGGCUUCCUGAGCCCUGUGGGAGUAAACCCUCAUAGAACAAUCCGUCCCCACUUCGUGGUGAGGGCCAUGUCCUCUCUGCUUCGUGUUGAAACUCUGCAUCCUGUAACACUGCCUCUGUUGAGUAGAUUAUACAAAAACCUUGGUUUUUCCGGAGCUCAAGCAGGAACUGAUUUAGUUGCAUCCCAGCAUUUGCUGGCAGGGCCAGAGUUUCACAAUAUAGCCAACCAUGUCCAAAAAAUAAGGAAGAAGAAGAUACCAUUGUUUAUAGCCCACACAAUCAAAGACAAGAUUGUAGAGUUGGAGAUUCCACUUGAGGUCAUCACCAAGCAUCUCCACAUCCCCCAGCAGAACAUAGUACAUUAUGAUGACAACAGCGUACCAUCCAAGGACCCUUUCCAAGGUUUCGUUGAUGACUGGCUGGCACGUGUCCUGUUUUUCGAAAGGGGAGGCCAUAUUGUACAUCGACCACACUGUGAUAUAAUUGUGGAGCAAAUCAUGAGUAUUCUGCAGCACAUUGACCAUACGUCAUCAUGACAGAACUUACCACACUAGGACUGUGCCAAAGUCUGUGUUAAUGGUGUAUUACAUGUGUGGAUUUAUGAUCCUUAUGACAAUGCAUCAUUUGCAUAUUUAUUGAUGUUUACCAGGUGAUUUAUUUGCUGAAUAUACCGCUGUGAGUUGAUAUGUCAAAUAGGUUACUGACAAUAUGAUCUGUUUUUUAUAAAUGUCAUAUAACAAGUUCAAUGCAGAUGACUUUUUAUAUAUAUUUAAGUCAAAAUGGCCACCACAAAGGUUCUAGCAGAGAAGAGGUAUCUUCUACUUCAUAGCUUGUACAACCAGACACUAGCCAGCCAGCACCAAACCACAGGAAGCAGUAUUCUGACAGACACAUUAAACUUGAAAGAGCUGGACUUGAUUGUAUGCUGUCAGCACAGCUUUGUGUCCUAUUUAUUCGCAAAUGGGCUCUUGACCAAAAGCAUGUAUGUUGGUUGCAAGCUGUUUGUUGUGACUGGUGAUCGAAGAUAUGACCGCUUUCUGUGAGACAUGGUUUGAUAAAAUAUGUGUUUCUCAA